AUGAAAGAUGAACCACCAGUUGAAAAUUAUCCAAUGAGAAAAUGGUCAAUUCAAAUAUCAAUGUUAGAUUCUCAAGGUAAAGAAAUUCCUGCAAAAAUAUUAGAUAAAGUAACAUAUACAUUACAUCCAACUUUUUCAAAUCCAAUUAGAUCAUUAAAACAACAACCUUUUAAAAUUGAAGAGAAAGGUUGGGGAGAAUUUGAUAUUCCAAUUUCUAUUCAUAUUUUGGGUAUAGCUGGUAAAUCAGGUGAACGUAAAUUUCAACAUGAUUUAAAUUUUUUACAAGAAAAAUAUAUUAAUGAUCAUGUUAUAAAUAUACCUGUAGGACCAAAUAAAAAUCAACAAUUAAAUAAAAUUUUAUUAGAAAGUGGUUCAUUACCAUUUGAUGAAAAUUCAUCCUCUGCAAAUAAUUCAUCUGGUCUCAAGAGAAAAUUAGAUUCAACAAAUGGUCCAUCAUCAUCAAAUAUUUCAGGAUCAACACAACAACAAUCACAAGCUUCAAUAAUUGAUAAAAAAAAAUCAAAGGGUGCAAUGAAAGGUAAUAUUGAUUUAGAAAAAUUAAGUAAUGGAUUAACAAAAUUAAGUGAAGAUGAUUUAAUAGUUAUAGUACAAAUGGUUACAGAUAAUAGAACUAAUGAAAUGAAUAUUAAAAAUGAUGUUGAUAAUGGUGAAUUUACAAUGGAUUUAUAUACUUUACCUGAUUCUUUAUUGAAGAGUUUAUGGGAAUAUGUUAAAAAACAUACAGGUGAAGCUUAA